UUUCAUGUCUAGAAUCAGGGGAUCCAGGAUCAUCAACAAGGUCAUUUUCCCAGACAGGUGUGCUGAGGCUGUAGAAAGUGCUUUUUAUUUGGUUGGGAGCUUGUGCAUAAAUGCGAGAGGGGCUGCACAUCUGACGGACUACAGAGGUGACUCAUGGCUGAACCGGAACAGGAUAUCGGGGAGAAGCCAGCAGUCAGAAUUCAGAACCCCAAAGAAAAUGACUUCAUUGAAAUUGAACUGAAGAGGCAAGAACUGAGUUACCAAAACCUACUAAAAGUGAGUUGCUGUGAACUGGGGAUUAACCCAGAACAAGUGGAGAAGAUCAGAAAGCUACCAAACACACUGCUCAGAAAGGAUAACGACAUUCGAAGACUGCAGGACUCUCAGGAAGUGGAACUCAUUUUAAUGAAAAAUGGAAGCUCCGGAUUGACAGAAUAUAUACCAUCUCUGACAGAAAGGCCCUGCUAUAAUAGCAAAGCUGCAAAAAUGACUUAUUAAAUAAUCCCAGGAAUGGCCGGGCGUGGUGGCUCAUGCCUGUAAUCUCAGCACUUUAGGAAGCCAAGGUGGGCAGAUCACCUGAGGUCAGGAGUUCUAGACCAGCCUGGCCAACAAUAUAGUGAAACCCCGUCUCUACUAAAAAAAAUACAAAAAUUAGCUAGGUGUGGUGGCACACACCUGUAGUCCCAGCUACAUGGGAAGCUGAGGCAGGAGAAUCGCCUGAACCCGGGAGGCAGAGGUUGCAGUGAGCUGAGACUGCACCACUGCACUCCAGCCUGGCAACAGAGCAAGACUCUUUUGAAAUAAAUAAAUAAAUAAAU